CGACAAAAUACUGUUACAGUUUUAUAUGGAAGUUAAGUAUGAACAUUUUACAGAAUUAAUUUAAUGCAUAAUCCCCGUAAGCCGUAAGUAAAUGUGUUAAUGCAAACGCGUUUUUGCAGUGCAACUGCCCGUUUGUGUGUAGACUAAUUAUCAACGUAAAGCGAGUUAUCAAUACGGUUACCAGUUCUCAUUAGUUGCAGUUGCAUAGAAGAGUUACUAGGCUGACUCCAAAAGUACGGCAUAGUUUAUAACUAACUUGUGGAAUGGCAUCCAGUACUGAUCUCAAGAAGGUGCCUUCGACUAGUCCUUCGGCCAAUUUAAAGAAAGUGCCAUCGGCCAACGUUGACCUCAAGAAAGUUCCUUCGGCGGCGCCCUCGGCAAAAUCCGCGAAAUCCGUUAAAUCUGCCAAAUCUGCCGCGUCCAAUGUGUCUGGUGUUUCGCCCUCACCGUCCAAGACUGUCCUUCCGGUCCCCUCGGGAACUCCGGUGGCCGCCGUGUCAUCGGGAACCGUAGCUGUCAAAAUGCCGGCCGCUCCUGUUCCAUCGAAUCCCGGGCUAAUUACCGACGAAAGCGUUAAGAAAAAAGCUCUCACGCUGGACGCCAUCUCGAAACUGUCGGCGACACUGCCGGCGGAUAAACGAACACAUUUAGCCGCCACCGGCAAGCAGCUCCUCAAUGCCUGGAGGAACAACAAAUUCUGCGAUGUGGUGAUUAAAGCCGAGCACAGUCUGUUUUAUGCUCAUCUGGAAGUGUUUGUUGCAUUCACGGAUUAUUUUGAGGAUGUCCCCGCCCAGAGGAAGGUGCAGCAGAUCAACCUGGGCCUGGAUGUGAAACCGGACGACUGCGCAGCAGUCCUGAAGUACCUGUAUUUUGGGGAACUCCAGGCUAGUGCGGAGAACGUGUACGGAAUUUGGACAAUUUCCAAAGCGCUCCAUAUUCAUGAUAUCGAUGUGGCAUGCGCUACGUUCAUCGAACGUCUGCUGACGCCACCGAAUUUAGUCUACGUUUUGGAAUACUGCGAGCAGAAGAAAGUGCAAGAUCUGCAUGCCGCAGCGUAUGAUCGAUUUAUGGUGACCUUUUAUGAACAGACCGAGAACAGCCUUUUCUUGGAGUGGGAUGUUGAUAAGGUCAUCAGAUUACUUGGCUGUGACGACUUGAAAGUGAAGACGGAGCUGGAUGUGUAUGUCGCCAUGAAACGUUGGAUAGACCACAAACGUCCAGAGCGUAUUGCAUAUUUGGAAGUUCUUAUUGAACUGGUGCGCUUUGCGCAUAUGACACGGGAUGAACUCGUGCAGUGCACGCUGUUGGACCCAAGCUAUCUGGAAGUGCUAAAGGUUAAAGAACUUUUGGCCACAGCAAAUUGGUACAUAACUAUGCAGCAAAGUGGUCGACACUGGUCAGAAUUUCAAUUACCCAAACCGAGACAUCCUCCUAGAAAGGAUUGAAUAGUUCCUAGUGCUUUAAUAUAUGAGUGUUAUGAUUAUCCGUAGAAAUAUUCUCUUUAAUUUAUGUUCUAACGGAUGGAAAUCUGCCCUAGUGUGACGAUUGUUUGAAACAUGUGAUUUUCGUUUUAUGUGGUUACCGGUAUAUAGUGGUGCGUUUUGGUUUUUCUGCCGGAUACUGAUCCUUUCUAGAACUGUUUGCAAGUUUUAUUUGUAUGAUCAAUAGUGAAAU